AGUAUAAUUAGUGUAAAUUCUAUGUAUUUACAUUCUUGACAAUGUCAAUGAUUUGAAGUGCAAAAGAAACACGCAGCUGGAGAUUAGUCAAGCUAUGCAUCCACAGCCUACCCUUUGAGGCCAAAGGCCAUCUCCCCUGUAGAGAGCACAAAAACUUUAUAUUUAAUGUAGCGCAAGUUGUGCAUAUUUACAUUACCUCCUCCUCAUUUGGCAAGUAAGCUCUGCUGAAAGUGCUGGAUAAAGUUAAUUAUCCAUCCGCCAUUGACUCAGAAAUGGAAGGUUUAUCACCUCCAUUUUACACAAAAUUAUAUGAUUCACGAUUGUAAUGGUGUUGAAAGGGUUUGGUGUCCCAACUAAACGUGAAAUUCACACCGCUUGGCUGCUGCUGUAACCUCAAAUGUUGUGGUCGAAAUGAUCAAGUAAAUUACUACACUGUUAAGUUCCUGAUGUCAAAGUUAUUUCUAUAUAUAUCACACCAUCUUCAACCGUUUGUACCUAAAUAUGCAUGAAUGUAAAGAAUCUGCGCUAAUUUCUAGCUUUUAUCGUUGAAUUCUCAGCUUAUAUUGAGCAAGAGAUUUUUAUAAUGAGAUGUGUAAUUGAAUGAAUAGGACUUAUUAUUCUAAAAUGUUCGUUCACUUUUUAUAACCUAAUGCUGAAAUGCAGUCGAUCUCUUCUGUGAGCUGCCUAUUUCAUUUCACUCCGCUUGUGGGCUUAAUGAGGCGUGGAAUUAUAAUAAAGAAUGAUAUGAAAGGUAACUGAAUUUUCCAUGACAAAAGGAUGAACGGAGCAAACAGAGUUCUAGAUCAUGACUUUGUUUCGUUGGAAUCAGCGGUUGAUCAUUUAUCUAGAGAGCAUCAUCAUCUGAGGGAGCGGGUUAGCAUAUUGGAGCAGCGUGUUGUGUCUUUAGAGCAACCCAAGGGCCCCACCAUCUGUCUGGGACAUAGCGAUGAGGAUGCUUCUGAUGGUUUCAUUCCGCCCCUAGGUACAGCUACUCUGGAGUCCUUUGAAUCUGGCUUGAAGGCUCAGCAUAUGUGCGACUAUUGCUAUAAGAUCAGUGCGAACUGCUUUAAUUGCCCUCGCUGUGGCCAUGAGUGGUAUUGUAGCAAACACUGCCAGCGUCUUCGCGGCAUCGUACAUGAGCAUAGUUGUCGAAAUUGUUGCAAAACCAUCUAAAUGUGGAGGUGAAGGGGAGGAAAUCUUGAGGAUUUUACUUAACCCAUUGAAUGAAAACUGUUAUGUGGUGUUGCAUUUAUCGGU